AUGGUUACUGAGUUUAAUUGUACCGAACUAAAUACAUAUUCCAGUUCGUUUUACUGCGCUUGUCGGAAUAAUGAUGUGGACGAAGUGAAAAAUUGCCUGAAAAUAAUCUCAUUAGAUAAAAUAAAUAAAAUAGAAAAAAACGGCAGUACAGCACUGCAUGCCGCGUCAUUCUACAAUCAUUCUGAAAUUGUUAGUUUGUUACUGCAAUAUGGAGCUGUACGUUCACAAAUAAAUAAAUAUAAAUGUACACCUUGUGAAGAAGCAAAAACAAGUGAAAUUCAAAAAUUGUUUAUUGGAUCAUCUUCUGGUAACAAUCGAUUUGGUGGAGAUCAAAACAGCCAAAUUGAAUGGAUGUUAGAUGGAAGUAACGCUGAAAGGGAAACAGCUGAACAGCUUCAAUGGUAUACGAAUGCGGGCAAUAUUAUUAACCUUCAAUGUCAAUUAAAUGAAAUUAGAAAAGAUUACCUUGAUAAAGAAUUAUCUGACAUGGAAGGCAUUCAAAAAAUACGUUGGUUUAUUAAUAAAGCGAUCGAAGAAAACGAUCCUGUUUACCUGUUGAAAGCGUAUACGGCUGAAACUGAUUUUUAUAAAAUUUUAAACAAACAGUUAGCUACGGUACACAUCGAUAGACCUGAUUACAGAGAGAGUUGGCAAGCCAGGCGUCGAAUUGUUUAUAUAAUUAGUUGUGAUCCGGAUUUGGCUCAAUUUCGAUUUGCUGAUCGAACAUAUCGUGGCAUGAAACUGACAGAAAAUGAUCUUCAACAAUAUGUUGUAGGAUCCCGUCUGAUGAAUAAAUCGUUCAUGUCGACCUCAAAAGAUCGUCUAAUAGCCAAAAAAUUUGUUUUAGGAAACGAUUCAGUAAAACAAACCUAUUCUACAUUAUGUACAUAUCAUAUCAUAAAUAAUCGUUCAAGUUUAGAUCUUGGAGAUAUAUCAGAAUAUGCCGAUGAACGAGAAGUAGUGAUUCUUCCCUAUUGUCUAUUUGAAGUGAUUGGAAUCAAGAAGCAUCGAACUAAGCUCUUCAGUACGAUUCAAAUUGAAAUUGAAUUAAAACAAUGUUACUAG